AUGGCUUCGACUAGACCUAUAAAUCCAGGUGGAACAACUAUAGCUAACAAGUUUACGACUGAGAAUAUCCCCUCUCAACAUGGUCCAUCUACGACAACUAUGCCGACUACUACAUUGACUGCUGCUCUACCUCAAAUUAAUAAUCCUCAUCAAUCUACUCUUUCAUCGUCUAUUGUAACAAAUACAGUCCCACUGAAUACAGUUCAUUUAACUACUACUGUUAAUUCUGUUUCGACUGUAUCAAGUCAGAACCAACCUGGAUCUCAACUGCCAACUUCAAAGUGAAUUUAUCCUAGUGGAAGAAAUCAGCAUGGUCUUUCUAUAAGGAUCUGUAUCAAAAUCUACAGUCUUAUUCUCAACAGUCUCGUGUCUUUGCUGUCUGAUAUUAUUGUAAAAGCUUAUUUUUCAGUCAUCCUGUUGUUGUUUUUUUCUUUUAGUAACCCGGUGUUUUCUAGGUUCUUUCAGGUUUCACCGUAAUUAACUUGCAUAUAUAUAUAUAUAUAUAUA